AUGUCUGAAAUCGUGCGGAAAGUCAGUGACAAGUUCGAGGUCGUUCUUGCAUCGUCCUCUGCCAGACGUUACGAGAUCCUGCACGAAGUUAUGGGGUUUAACGACAUAACUUUGAUGAAGCCAUCCUUCGAGGAGAACCUCGACAAGCGCAAAUAUGUCAACAACCCAAAGGGCUAUGUUCGAGACACAAGUGCCGAAAAAGCAAGAGGAAUAAGGGCGGAUCUAGCAGAAUCAUUUAACAAAUCCAAUGGCAAACAAAUCAAACCAAAACUCGUCAUUUGUGCCGAUACCGUCGUAAUAGAUCCCGAGAACAAUAUUCACGAAAAGCCCAAAAAAUGGGAAUUACAGCUGGAGAAUUUGCUAAAAUUCCGUAAUGCCAGAGAGCCUCUACGUGUUGUAACGGCUGUGAAUCUCAUCAAGUGGAUCAGUCCGCAAGAUUUCACUACUACGUCGUACGACGACGAAACCGAGAUAUAUUUCGACAACGAGCUUCCCGUCGACAUUGUCCACGACUACGUACAAUCCGGGGACGCGUUAGAGGUCGCAGGAGGCCUUAAAGUUCAAACUUUUGGCGGAUCAAUGAUACAGAGAAUCAAUGGUGACUUCUUCAACGUUGUCGGUCUUCCUCUAAACAGGACCUUUAAAGCUAUUUACAGGGCAGCUUUCGAGGCAUAA